CUGCAGUUUAAUUCCAGAAUUUACGGAGACUUGCAGGCCCUUUCCUGUUUAAAUGGUAUCUGAUCCCUUUAUUCUUCGUUUGAUUUUGAUAUGCCUUUAUUCGCUCCAUUCUUUCAAUAAUUUGACCCUUGAUCUCUCCGUGCAUAGUUAAUUCUACCACCACCAUGAUUUCUCUAUUUCUGAGUUUUCUUCUCGGAGCCCUGACCAUUAUCGUCGUCGAAGCUCUGGUCUUCCUUCACGUUCUCAAUCGGUUGAGCUCGAAAAAUAGAAUCGGACCGGCGGAAUCUCAUGUGGGUUGCGACCUUGACGCCGAACAAUCGCUCUCCUUUUCUCAUAACAAACAGGGAUUUGUUUGGAUAUUAGAAUCAGAAAGGGCUCCGAAGGUUUGUGCAGAGGACAAUGCACCAAGGGACCAAAAGAGCAAGAAGGAAAUCUUGGAGGUUUACCCUGUUAAGAAACAUGCAAAAAUUAAAGAUCGGUUGCUUAUCCUGACAGAUCCAAAUGGCUCUCAGGAAACAAUCCAGCUUGUUGGUUGCAUGAUAAGAGCUGUUUCAGCAUCAAAUCUACCCUCAAGGAAGUGGGCUAAAAGGUACCCCAUUAAAGUGGAAAGCAAGUCUGCAGUGAUUUACAGUGGAAGUAGGAUUUGUUACAUAUAUCUUGAGACUUCUUGGGAAAAGGAAUCAUGGUGUAAAUCUCUCUGUCUUGCGGCUUCUGCUGACAAUGAGAGACUUACCUGGUAUGCUAAACUGAGUGGAGAAUUCCAUGAUUAUAUAACAUCCUUAAUUGAAGGACACUUUUCAUUUAUGAAACCCUCAACAGGGUUUUCCAAUGAACACGCAGAUAGGACAAGUAGGAUUGAGGGCUCUUCUUCAAAGGUCCGAGUACUUCUGAAAAAAAUUACAAGGAAAGCUUCUAAGGGUGGUUUAGAAAAUAAGACAAGUGGUACUUCAUUAUCAGGCCGAGAAGAGAGAAAGAUUGGUGAGAAAUCCCAUGCGGUGCAAUAUCCAUUUUUGGCCUCUGGCUUAAGGGCUUCUUUGACAGAGAAGACUACGACUAAUUCUUUGGAGGAAUACCGGGAGCAAUCGUUGCAUUCAGAAAACUCGGGAAGCCAAAGUCAGUUUUCUGUCAUCUCUGAAGCAGAUUCUGAUGACAAGUCUGGUAUUGAUGAAGGAACACUUUGUUGGAAUUUGUUAAUUUCCCGUCUUUUUUUUGAUGCCAAAAGAAAUGUGGAGGUGAAGAGCUCCAUACAAGCACGGGUUCAGAGAACACUGGAUAAUUUGAGGACCCCUAGUUACAUUAGCGGAGUAACAUGCAGUGGCUUGGAUCUUGGGAAUCUUCCACCUUUCAUCCGUAGCAUGAGGAUUCUUCCCAUGGACAUGAAUGAGGUAUGGACCAUGGAAAUUGACAUUGAAUAUUCAGGUGGUGCAAUAUUAGAUGUUGAAACAAGACUUGAAGUUCGUGAACCAGCUUUCCAAAAGAGCAUUGGAAACUCAAGUUUAGAUUCAAAUUCUGUUGGGGAGUCCACCUCACAUCUUGAAGACUUUGAGUACCUUGGCGACCAACUUAAGCUUUCCGGGGAAAUUGUUGAUGAAAUAGAGAAGAGGGAUGAUGGCAAUAGUAAGCUUGAUGGUUUGAAAAACUCCAAGGGCACUAGUUGGACAUCAACUUAUGUAUCAAGAUGGAAGUCUAUUUUGAAUUCUGUUGCUAACCAAGUUUCACAGGUGCCCCUUUCCUUGGCAAUAAAGGUUGCAUCGGUCCGAGGAACAUUAAGGCUACAUUUUAAACCGCCACCUUCUGAUCAGCUAUGGUUUGGAUUUACAUCAAUGCCUGAUGUGGAUUUCAAUCUGGCGUCUGCUGUGGGAGACCACAAAAUUACAAGUGGACAAAUUGCCUUGCUCUUAGGCAAUCGGUUUAAGGUGGCAAUUCGUGAAACUCUAGUACUUCCAAACUGUGAAAGUAUAUGCAUCCCAUGGAUGUUAGCAGAAAAGGAUGAUUGGGUCCCAAGAAAGAUAGCUCCAUUCAUAUGGCUUCGUCACGAAGCUGCUAGUGAACCUACGGUACGAGAAGCACCUGGGAACCCAUCCGGCGACACUAGCGGGGAGCUUGUAGCUAGCGGCAGGGGAAGAAAACAGAACACCUGUAGCACACAAGAUGAGCAUGAGAAGAGUAAGAAUGUCAUUCCUGUUCACCAGACAAUUUAUGAAUCAUCAUCUGAGUCGGCAUCAUCCCAAACUGAAAUAUUUCCAUCAAGUUCCAGCAAUCAAUCCACCUGCAGUCGGUCACUGCAAGAGUUGAGCACCCCACUAUUAAGGAAUGAGCCACAGGAGAGUUGCAUUCAGAGAGGAGCAGUGAUAGGGAAUGAGGAACAUAGGAAAAUAGGGAAAAGAGAAAGGAUGAUGGGAUUGGGGAAGAAGAUGGGGGAAAUGAUUGAAGAAAAAAGACGUCACAUUGAAGAGAAAAGCAGACACAUUGUUGAGAAGAUGCGGGCGCCAUCAUAGUAGAUAAAGCACAGCUGGUGGAAUUGGGUGCACACUGUUGACUAAAAUAGUUGCAGGGUGUUUGGUAUUUUGUACUACUGCUCAGAUUGUAGGAGCUGCUACUUGGCUGAAGUUGAUUGUAGUCUUUAAACCUUUCUUUAAGAUAGAUAUGUUGUACAGGUAACAAUGAUUAGAUCUUGUAUUCAUAUUGAUUCAAUCAAUGCUAUUCUUGUAGCGAA